AUGCCACCGACUCUCUUUCACAAACUUUUUAACAAGAAAAAUGCGUUGUCUCCCCCACCGAGAUGUAGCAAGGAGGGCCCAGCUUUCAGCUGGCCGCUUCCCCAGCUGGAGCCCAGUCAGAUCAGACUCAUCGUGUACCAGGACUGUGAGAGGCGCGGCAGAAAUGUUCUCUUUGACUCCAAUGCCAAGAAAAGGGGCACAGAGGAAACCCCAGUUACCAGCACCGAAGCCCAGAUGAAGAUGUUUGGGAAAUGCUGUCAGCUCCGUCCAACUCGAGGCAGCAGCAGUUCCCUAGACAGCUCCUCUUCAUGCACUUCUGAAAGGGAAUCCAAAGAACCUGGCCAGCGUUUCCAGGGUUCGAGGUGUUCGUCUGAUGUGGUCAUGUUGGGGGAGAUGAUGUUUGGAUCCGUAGCUAUGAGCUACAAAGGCUCCACUCUCAAAAUUCAUCAGAUCAGAUCGCCACCUCAGCUAAUGCUGAGUAAGGUCUUCACCGCCAGGACAGGAGGCAGUGUAUACGGCAGUCUGAACACGUUGCAAGACAGCCUGGAGUUCAUUGGACCAGAAAGCAACACCUUGAGGCCGGAUCAACAUGUGGGAAACAACAGCCUUUUAGGAAGCAUAGGAUUUUCUCAGCUCUGCAGCCCUCGACGGGCCUUCUCUGAACAAGGCCCGCUGCGCCUCAUCAAGAGCGCAUCUUUCUUUUCAGGCCACAGCCACCCUAUGGACAUGCCAGGCCGAGGUCCACAUGACGAGAGGGAUAGUGGGAUUGCCAGGUCAGCAUCUCUGAGCAGCCUAUUGAUCACUCCCUUCCCUUCCCCUGGCUCCUCGUUGACCAGCAGCUGCGCUUCCAGCUACCAGCGCCGAUGGCUCCGCAGUCAAACUACCAGCCUGGAGAACGGUGUAUUUCCACGAUGGUCAGUGGAGGAGAGCUUCAACAUGUCUGAUGAAAGUGGAGGUCAAAGCCUCGGGGCGAUGCGGAAGAAGAAGAUUGCCAUCGGAGUCAUCUUCACCCUGUCGCCGAACCCCGAAGAAAGCAGCCGCUUCCAGGAUUUUUUCUUCUCCCACUUCCCACUGUUUGAAAGUCACAUGAACAAGCUGAAGAGUGCCAUUGAACAGGCCAUGAAGAUAAGUCGGCGGUCAGCAGAUGCCAGUCAGAAAGCCCUGGCUUACAGCCGAAUGGUGGAUGGACUCAACGAGUUCAGGAUGACCAUCUGUGACCUCUACACGAUGCCCCGCGUGGCCGAGCCAGUCUGGUUGACUAUGAUGUCCGGAGCAUCUGAGAAGAACCAGCUUUGCGGCCACUUCAUGAAGGAGCUGGCUUUAAUGAUGGAGCAGGCCUCCAAGAACCAGUUCCUUCCUGCAUUACUAACAGCCAUCCUGACCAAUCACUUGGCCUGGGUGCCCACAGUUAUGCCCAAUGGGCAGCCUCCUAUAAAGAUCUUCCUUGAGAAGCACUCCUCCCAGAGUGUAGACAUGCUGGCAAAGACACAUCCGUACAACCCCCUGUGGGCACAGCUUGGAGACCUAUAUGGAGCCAUUGGGUCUCCGGUGCGGCUAUCGAGAACGGUGGUAGUCGGGCGCAGACAGGAGCUGGUCCAGAGGCUCCUGUAUGUCCUCACAUACUUCAUCCGCUGCUCAGAGCUGCUAGAGACCCACAUGCUGGACAGUGCUGAGGAUGAAGCUAUCGUCAUACCUGGCUCCCUUAUCACCACCUCACUUAGAAAAGGGGAGGUGGAGGAGUCGGACUAUGUCCUGGUUACUGUCCACAAACCUAGUGGAGACUAUCUGUCCCAAGGGGCACACUGUCAGCAAACUGAGGCUGAAGACAGCAGCUACCGUUCAGACAACAGCCUCCAGAGCAGUACAUACACUGACAUGGAGGUAGAUCACAGCUCUAGUGAAGCACCCAAAGAAGAAGAUGAGGAUGAUGAGGAGGACGGUAAUCUGAGUCAAGGGUCCAGGAGUAGUGUUCUUCAAUCCAGGCCCAGUGAGGAUACGGCUUCUCAUAUCAGAACGGCAGAAGUUGCUGAACCCAGAGAGCUGCAGCUGGAGUCCAGCGACCCUCUGAUACCCGAGGUCCCAGUGGAGAGGGUGCUGCGACUUGGCAUGGCAGCCUCUCCUAGGCAGCAGGGCUCCGUUCUAGAGGCAGAGACCACGAGUGACCUGAAACUUGUUGAUUCAUCGUUGCCUUUAGAGCUCACAUCCACUUCAUCUAUUUCCUCUGGGACUGUUGUCUGUAAUAAUGCUGAAGCUGAGGUGGAUACUUCAGUAGGAAGCCAAACCAGUAAAAUGCAGGUCCCUUGGCCCUCAGGAGCCAGCUUGGCAAAGAAGCCCCCUGAUAAGAGCUCUGCUGGAGCAAUGCCAGUACCCGUCUUACCUGGAAACGCUGCAGUAGGACCAAUGGCUUUGGCUGAGGACGAAGAGCCAGCUACUAAAGUGACUUUCCUUAUUGGAGACUCCAUGUCUCCUGAGUCGGACACAGAAAGCCGCAGACUAAAGAUGGAGGUGGAAAUCAAAAAACACAAACAAUAUCUGCAGAGAGGAGCACAUUCUAAGACCAUCAACACCGGUGCAGCUGAGGACCAAACCAAUCAGACCAAGGCCACCACAGCUCUGCAGCGGGUAUCUAACAAGAUCCCCCCGUGGAGCAGCAAAUGUGCGGACUAUUGUAAUAACUGUUUUAGCUCAGAGAACCCUUUGGAGACGAGGACUAUACACAACCAGGAGACGACCACAGACAGUAUGCACAAACAUUUACUAUAUCCGUCUGGGAUUCAACGACUUCUUGACCUGGGGGAUCACAGUUGUCAAAGUGCACUAAAUAAUCCAGAUUUGGGCUCAGGCAGGAAGGGGAACACGUCUUCUUUUCAGAGGAGGUGCAGGUGUAGCUCUACAGACUCCUCUGACACCUGCUGCUGCAGAAGCUGUCCUGCAGAGGAGGACAAGGAUCCAAGGCGGGGCGUCUCUCUCCGCCAGGAAGGAAAUGACUGCAACAAGGACCAAAAGUGCCAGGCAGCCUCUGUCAAUGACUGGGAAAUACCACGCAAUGAGAGCUCCGAUAGCGCACUGGGAGACAGCGAGAGCGAGGAGACGGAGGACUGGCAGGAGGAGGUGCUGGUUCCCUUCCCUGGGGCAAAAUUGGUCGAGAACUACUCUAAGCCCACCAUCGCCAAUUUUGGUCGCUCUCUUUUUGGAGGUUACUGCCCCACCUAUGUUCCAGACUUUGUACUGCAUGGGAUCCCGAGUGAUGAGAAACUACGGCAAAGCCUCAUGACGGAGUUAAACCAUGCUGUUCAGCAUCCUGUUUUGGAUGAGCCUAUUGCCGAGGCCGUCUGCAUUAUAGCAGACACAGACAAGUGGACUGUCCAGGUGGCCAGCAGUCAGAGGAGAGUCACCGAUCCAACCAAGCUAGGAAAAGAAGUGUUGGUCUCCAGCCUGGUUUCCAACAUAUUGCAGUCCACCUAUCAGCUCUACAAGCUAAACCUUUCCCCUAACUUUUGUAUAAUGCACCUUGAGGACCGCCUGCAGGAAAUUUAUUUUAAGAGUAAGAUGCUUGCUGAGUAUUUAAAAGGCCAGACAAGAGUCCAUGUGAAAGAGCUCGGCAUGGUGUUGGGGAUUGAGUCCAGUGACCUACCACUGUUGGCUGCAGUAGCUAGCACUCACUCCCCUUACGUCGCCCAGAUCUUACUAUGAGACUAUGGGAUGUUCAGAUCCUAAAGACCAGUCAGGAGGCGCAUUUUUGCCCUUCUUAAAUAGCCGUCCAUACCUGUACAUCUCUACCUGACCUGUAUUUACACCCAGCAUAGGAGUUUGGCCUGAUCCCCAGUGUUCUACAUCGUCAUCGGCUUCACAGCAAUGCAACAUUUGACCACAUGGUGGCGGCAGAUAAUAAAAAAUGGAGCAAAGCGGAGCGGAUGACUAAAGCAUCUCUGAUAUGGACUGAAUGUUUAUCUUUUUCUUUUCUUUUUUUUUUUAAACAAAACUUUUUUAUUAUUAUUUUGGAAACAAAAGCCAAAGACUAUAAAUGUAUCAGAGUGAAAUCUAACUUUUAUGUUAAUUACACAACUGCUUUCAUUUCCAGUACAAUCCUAAACAUGGAAAUUAAACAAAUAGAUACCAUGUUAAAACUGAAACAAAAUUUCUCUGGAUGUUUUUUUU